AUGACGACUUCGAUCAUCCCUCCAGCUUUGAAUAAAGGAAACACUAUCGCAUUUGUCUCUCCAUCUCUCCGCCUUAAUGAUGACUUUCCCACCCCGCUUGCCCGCGGAAAAGCCUUUCUGGAGACUUUGGGCUUCCCAGUGAAGGUCAUAUUCCAGAGUCUGCCACCGAAUGCUACCAUUGCAGACUCGGUUCGGGUACGAUGUAAAGAGCUCCACGCAGCUUUUACCGAUCCCGAGGUCAAGGCCAUUAUAUGCACCAGUGGAGGCUCUCAUGCAAAUGAACUGAUGUCUUCUCUCGAUUAUGACCUCAUCCGAGCGCAUCCCAAGAUUUUUGUCGGCUAUAGUGACAUCACCUGUCUUCACAUGGGUAUUCAAUCUCAGACUGGUCUCCGCACAUUCUAUGGUCCUACCGUGCUAUCCGAACUUGCCGACUUUCCAGCACCCAUGCAAUUUACCGUCAACCACUUACUGCAUGUUCUUUGUGAAGAUAGCAAGCCAGUGGGACCUCUCCCGCGGUCCGAAAUCUGCACCGCCGAACACAAUGAAUUUUUCUUCCGCGAUGAGGCAAUUGAGGUACCGCGUCCGAUUGUCAGAGCACCACCCUGGAGAUGGGUUCGCCAAGGCCAUACAACUGGCUGCCUACAAGGUGGUACAGUGGAAUACGUGGUACGGCUACUGGCAACACCCUACAUUCUAACAACUCCCUGCCAGGGCUUGAUUCUCGUCCUGGAAUCUGCAAUGGGCGAUGACAUGCGUCUUCCAUACACGGUAGACAAGUUUCGUCAGAGUCUGGUCGAGCUUGCGAUAUCUGGGGUGUUUUGCAAUAUCACCGGAUUGGUCAUUGGAAGAGGCUACAAAUAUGACGAGCAGAUGCAGGAUCAGCUUGCCACGGUGGUUACGCAGGUUUUCGAUGCCCUAGUCAACCCAAGCGGAAACGUGCCGGUCCUAAUGAAUGUCGAUUUUGGACAUUCGAGUCCGCUUCUUACUCUACCUCUUGGUGCAGUUGCUCGGUUGGAUUCUGAAAGCGACGAGUUCACUGUCUUGGAGGCUGGAGUUCGGCCGCAAAUGUAA